GUAGAACAAGACUUCGGAUAACGUUCCAUCGGCGGUCAGCAGCUCGUUUUUCGUUUCGAGCUCGGCUCUAGAAUUUCGCCAUGUCUGAGCGAAAAGUUCUCAACAAGUACUUUCCGCCGGAUUUCGAUCCGGCGAAAAUACCUCGGCUCAAACUUGCAAAGGAUCGCCAGUAUGUUGUUCGAUUGAUGGCACCGUGCAACAUGAAAUGCACGACGUGCUCGGAAUACAUUUAUAAGGGGAAGAAAUUCAACGCGCGGAAGGAAACCGUACAGGACCAGGAUUACUUCGGUAUCCGUAUAUUCCGAUUUUACAUCAGAUGCCCGCGAUGUUUGGCGGAGAUCACUUUCAAGACGAACCCGAAAGAAGCCGACUACGAUCUGGAGCAUGGCGCCACCAGAAACUUUCAGGCUCUACAAACAGCUGAGAAACUGGCCGAAGCUCAGCGAGUCGCAGAAGAGGAAGACGACAAGGCCAACCCGAUGAAGAUGCUCGAAAAGCGAACGGCGCAGUCCCUCCUGGAAAUGGAGAAAAUCGAGGCUCUGGAAGAACUCAAAGAGCUGAACGAGCGUCAGGCCGAGGUCGAUUUCGAUGGCAUGUUGCACAAAAACCUACAGCAGCAAAAGGAGACGGCGGAGCAACGUCAAGCGAGGGAAGAGUCGGAGAUAGAAGCGGAAGUGCAAGCCUUGCUGCGACAGGGAGGAGUUGAAAAAAAGGAUGGAAUACGGAUCAAACGGGUGAAGGAUAUCGAUUCAGAUGAGGAGGAACAACGAUUGAAGAAAUUGCCUAAAAGCGAUCCCCUCAAUAGCGCAAGAAUACAACAAACGGGCUCUUUAGCCAACAAAUUGAAGCAAUCCAUCCGACUAAAAAAGGUCGAUGAUAUGCCUCAAAGCAGCUGUUCGAGUACGAGUUCGGGCACUACUGCCAAGUCAAAGACUGGUCUGGGGCUCGUCAUGGCCUACAGCGAUUCCGACAAUAGCGAGUGAGGUCCCGAAGUCUAAUGAAUAAAAGAAUGUAUAUAUCUUGCGAUGUAAUAUUGUGAUAUACCGAACGAUUGAGUCUAUAAAUGAUGCUCCUU